AAACAAAAUGAAUUUACUUACUUGAAAAAACUCCAGCAAUGCUCUCUUGCCUCUCAUUUGAGAGCUUUUGAAAAAUCUUACAGUCAUAUCCUAUUGAACUGAUAACAUUUACUUUAUUUAACACUGACAUUUUGUAUACAAUCAAUUUCUAUGUCAAGAUCAAUGCAAGCAUAUCAACACGACAGUGAAAACAAACAAACUGUAGAAAUUCUUGAACAUUUUCAGUCCAGUUUGACUAUUCUUCAUAUUUUAAUCAAAUAAUUUAAAUUUGUAAUACUUAAAACCCAAUGUACACACACUAACUAAGGCAAAUUACGAAUGAUAUUAACCCUGAUCACAAUAAAUAAUCUAAAACUUUUUUACACUAUAUAUAAUGAUAACCCAACUUCUAUACAAAAAAUUUAGAAUCACAACCUGUCUUCAUCAAAAUAAAACACAAAGACGAGGAACGAUAAAAUGACAGCGUGCAACAAGGAUGGCGGCCUACCGGCAACGCCUUAUGUAUUAACAUAGAUAUAAGUUAAUUCAUAAACAAAUUGUUAAUAAGUUUCAUAUUUAAAGGAAACAUGAUGAUAACGAAAUUUUCUUAUUAAUUUUUCUCACUUUAUUUAAAAAGCUAUGUUAGCCUUUUUGAUUUGGAUUCGACAGAAACUUCAUUACUGAUACUAAAAAAAAAAAAGGUACUUUUUGGCGCGGGAACUGAACUUAUGGUUACAAAAGAUCGACUCAACUGGAGCAGUUUGACAUGAAAAGGUAUCCUGAUGUACUCAGAUGACAUGGCUUUCAUGGAUUUUUAUGAUGACCAACAAAAUUCGAAAGAAGUUGUCAUUUACUUCAUUCAAGAUGGGGUUUCUAGCUCAAAGGAAAUGCUACAAGCUUUUAGUGUUUGUCAAGAUGCAAAAUUUAAACCUAAAAUUAUCUCUGAAGACAUGAUUCCAGAAAUCAAAUUAGGAAGAAAUAUUGUAUUUGUUAUGGAAAACUUUUGUGGUGAUACUUUUGAUUUCUUGGCUUCAAAGGAAUGUUUAGUUGUUGGCCCUAGUUGUCUUCAUGCUUGUUUUACUAAUGCGAUUCCUAUUCCUAACAAUAAUAGUGCAGUGUUCAACAUAGCAAUGAGAGGAUUUGUGAUAUGCACUACUAAUCUAAGUCCUGAAUAUAAGAAGGAAAUCAAGAAAUUAGUUGGAUUUAUGGGUGGCAUAUAUUCAGAUCAAUUGACUCUGGCAGUUACACAUCUUUUGGCUGACAAAAUUACAUCUAUUUGCACAGGAAAAUAUCAGAAGGCUGUUGAUAACAACAUUCCCAUUGUUAGACCAGAGUGGAUUUUGAAAUGCUGGGAGCUUUCCAGAAUGGGGCAAAAGGCACCUGAUCCCAUUGGCUUCCGUUUACCUCCAUUUCAAGGAAUGCAUAUAACUUGUAGUAAUUUAUCACAAGUUGCAAAGAAGAAGCUUCACAUGCUUAUAGAAGCGAAUGGAGGAGUUUACUUACGGACACUCGAGCUUAAUAAAACAGUAGUUCUAGUGAUAGGUGAGCCUGAAGGUAAAAAAUGGCAGCAUGCUCAACAAUGGGAAAUACCAUGUGUAUCUCCUUCCUGGAUUUAUGAAUCAGUUGAAAGAGGAGUAGCAGUUCCUUCCAAAAAUCACCUAGUUGUAGGGCGUCCAAAAUGUUCAACCCCUACCAAUGCCGGAGAACACAAUAGUUUCAUGAGCUGCUCUGACAUUUCUGUUGUACCAAUGGCUGCAGAAAAAAGUCGCAUUGACGAGACAAAUACUAGUAUUGCUAGCACAUCUUCACUUAAAUUAUUUAAAGCAGAAGAAAAAAGAACUCCUUUGAGGCCUCUACCUGAUGGAGAAUACAAAAAACUUCUUGAAGAAAUAAAUAUGUUUGAUGUUAAGGCUGCUGGACCAUUUCUGGAUGGUUGCAAGAUUUACCUUAGUGGAUUUUCAUCUCAAGAAUGUGAGAAGUUGAAACGUUUAAUAAAUUCAGGGGGUGCUACACUAUUUACUUCUUUAUCUGACAAUCUUUCUCAUGUCGUUGUCGGAGAUUUUUCUGCUGCAGAUGCUAAGGAAUUGGCUAACCUUAUUGCAAGGCCUCAUGUAGUGAAACUGCAAUGGCUAAUCCAAUGUCUCAAAGAACGUCAUUUAGUUGGUGUGGAGAACUUCCUAUGUUUGCAGUCUGCGCCAGUCCCUCCUGCAUCUCCUUUGAGUCACAAGGGAUUGAAAUUACUAAAAUCUCAAAGUGGAAUAGAAGAGGUAGGUGUAGGAGCAGCUAAUCAAACUGAUUUAAGAGCUUCAGUUUCCAGAAAACUUUUUGUAAAAGCACAAAAAGUUACAGCUGUGAAAACUCCUGAAAAAUCUUCAACUGAGCAAAAUCAAGUUGAUUUUAGUGCUCUUGAAAGAAGAGCACAAGAAGAAUUGCUUAGAGAAAAAGAAAAUGCAGUGAAAAGUCAUAGAGAACUCGUUGAAAAGAAUUCAAAUGCUGCUGAAAUUCCAACAACUAGUGAAGGAGCUAGAGUUUCUAUGCAAGAUCAAAGUAACAUCUCUGAGCAGAGUACCUGGGAACAAUUUUUUCAAGGCCUUACUUUUGAGAUUCUUGGUUAUGAUGAAAUUGAGCAAAUAAAAGAAUCUAUAGAAAAAGCUGGUGGUAAGGUUAUUUCAAAAGGUCAUUUGAAUGAAAUCCCAGAUUUCACCAUAGUUCCUGUUGAAGGGGCUGAUCUUAAGCCAACGUCUAAGAAUGUUGUUUCUAUUAUAUUUGUUGAAGACUGUUAUGACCAUGAUUGUCUUAUAAAAGAAUUAGAAUAUUAUCAUCGUCCUCUACCUGGUCUCCUCAAUGCUGAAAAAAAACUUGAAGGAGCAAUUUUUGCAUUAUCAGGAUUUGGUCGUGCUGAAAGAAGGUUGUUAGUAUAUGUUGCAAGCAAUUUAGGAGCAGUAGUUCAGGACAUGUUUUCAAGGAGUGAUCAUCCAGAUAAGGGUGUAAAAAGAUCUACUCAUCUUCUUUGCAAAGAAGCCACAGGAAAGAAAUACGAAGCAGCUUUGAAAUGGGGAAUACCUGUUGAGACUCCUGAAUGGCUCAUAAGUCAAAUUCAGAAUAAAACUGAAGACAAUACAUCUCAUGAUAGGUCCCUAAGUUGUUCAAUAAAUGCUGUAGCAAAUAAUGACAUGUCUGCAAACAAUCCCUCAAGACAUGAUGAAUCGGUAGCUGAACCAAUGGAAUUGGAAUCUUCAUCUUGUGGUCCCAAUGACGUAACACCUUUGAAUGCAGCAUUAAAAAGGAUGUCAGUUCCUGGAAGUGCAGGGUUUUCACCAUUUCAUGUGGAAACUCCGGAUACACCUUAUGGAAAGAUAUUCUCAGAAAAUACUCCCUCUCCUACCACAAGGAAAAGAUGGAAACAAUGGAUAGAUGGCCUUCCUGAUUUGUAUGAAGGAAGUCCUGGAUCUAAUGCUCCUAGAAAUAGACGACCCUCAACGCCUUUAGAAGUAAUUAAAAAGCAACUGUGGUCCAAAUGUGGAGGCGUUAAAAUAGAUGGUAUAGAACAACAUACUGGAAAACUUUUAAAACAAGGACCAUAUUCUGAAUGGGCAAAAGACAGUGAAUCAGAAAGUGGUUCUAAGAAUAAUUCUAUUGUAAGUGAAAAAGAAAACCUAAAUAAUUUAAAUGAUCCAGAUUCUAUAUUCUCAGCACUUCAGGCAAAAAUAUCGGAAUCUCAGUUAGUUUCUCAGAAUGUGAUAGAUGAAUUAAAGAAAGCUGAAUCACUUGAAGAAUUGAGUCCGCACUUAAAACAAAGAUUGAGUAACAGAAUUUCUCAACCUCCAAUUCGUCAGCAUCAAUCUCCCACAAGAGAAUGGGGUAAUGAUAAUCAAGGUGGCCAUUUUAAUGAAAAUAAUGUAGUUAUGUGGGAUUUUUCAUCUAAUGGAAAGAAUUCAUGGGCCGAGAAACCUACUGCAGUUACGGAAGCUGAUGAGCCCAAUAGCAGUUUAGCUACCAGUGGUAAAAGUGUAACUACUCCACAACCCUCUUCUGCUUCUAAGUCAUUGGUUACAGAAACGGCUAAUAAAAAUGCUACAACUGAUCGUGUUGUUAACAAGAAAUCUCCAAUCAUAAAGACUCAGAGACUUGAAAAUACUGUUGUUGUUGAUGAAUCAACCAAGGUUUUCCUUCUUUCAGGACUUUCGGCAGAAGCAAAGCAGAAAUAUGAAGGUAUAAUACGCCACCUUGGAGGUGGAGUCACGCAGUGCCCCACGUACGAUCCUGCAACAACUCACAUAAUCAUAGAGAAGCCAAUCAGGAGUGAAAAACUUCUCUGUUGCAUUGCUUCUGGUAAAUGGGUACUUCACACGUCGUAUUUGGAUAGUUGUUAUGAGACAAGGCAAUUUCUUCCGGAGGAAGAAUACGAAUGGGGCAAUCAGAGGUCAGUUAUGAGAUUGCCAAAAGUGAAAGAAGGUUCAACAGAGGCUGGGCUAGUUGCAGCUAGUUAUAAGUGGAGGAAAAGAAAACAAGAUAUGGGUUCAACUUCUCCUUUCAGGGAUAUGAAAGUAUGUCUAGUCACAGUCGAAAACAAGAAACCUCAAUUCACACGACUUUUGGAAGCUGGAGGAGCUCAAAUUUUCCAACAAUGUGAUAUCCUGAAAUGUAAUUUUGUUAUCUGGGAAGAAGGCAAAAUAGAAAUUCCUGUUCCCUUAAAAGAAUUGGCAUCGAAAAAGGUUCACGUUGUACAACCAGUGUUUUUAGGAGAGUUUCUCGUCAAGGCAACACCUCCUUCAGACCAUUACCCACCAUCAUACGUUGCUGUUAUCAAACAGAUGAGACAGCGUUGUAAACAGUGAUGAGAGCAUUUGACUGAACUUGUUAUAAUUUUGUCAUAUAUUUAAAUAUGUUUUGUACAGUAAUUAAAUAUAAUGUAUGUUUAUAUUUUAC